AUGAUGAGCAGGACAGUUCACCUUGGUCCGCAAAAUGCCACAUCGAUCGUCGUCGUGGUCGUAAAUCGUCAUGGGUUUGCAUUGCUACCGAUCGACCGUUGCUUGGAAACUUCUCCGACAUCGAAUAUGAAGCGUUCCAGAUAUACAUCUCACACCCAUACUCAAUUACCGAAUUCGUUGACAGGAGUCAUCCCUGUGGUAACCGACGACCAAACACGAUCAUAUCGAGUCCUUACCCGACUCGACGGCGAUGUUUCUUCUCGGUUUUUCCUCAUCAGUCUUCGUGAAGUCUUCUUCGAAUUCAUACGGAACGCGCAGCCUUGGUUCAUCAUCCGAAAAAUAGUACGAUCCAACGAAAAGUUGCUGAGGCAUCCGCGUCACUUUUCCGUACACUACGGACGCGACAGUAUGGCGGCGUCAUUGUUAAAUUACGGAUUGGGUGUACCGAACGAGCAAGCUGUACCGCAUUAUCGUGUAGUAACAGUAGAAAAGCCCCCAUUCGUGAUGUACGAUUCAGAAAAACUGGAAUGGCAGGGCUACUGCCUCGAUUUGAUGACUUACUUAAGUGGAAUGUUGAAUUUCACCUACGACAUUGAAGCGACACCGGACGGGCAAUUCGGAAUAAUGGACGACAACGGUACUUGGGAUGGCAUGAUAAGAGAGUUGCAAGACGACCGCGCUGACAUUGCGCUUAGUGCUCUUUCGAUUAUGUCGGAGAGAGAAAACGUAGUGGAUUUCACCAUGCCUUUCUACGAAGCCGUUGGUAUUACGAUGAUGAUGAGGAGAAGAGAGUUCAAGAAGACAUUUUUCCUAUUCGCUAAGUCACUCACUGUCAAAAUGUGGACAAUUAUAUUCUUGUUUUAUACUGCUUCGUUUUUGCUUUUGUGGCUAUACAAUCGUUGGUCACCGUUCAGUUAUCGAAAUACUCGCCACGAAAACGAAGAUGAAAACAAAAAAUGUAUAUUUAAUCUGAAACAGUCCAUGUGGUUUAUUAUGAGCUCAAUAACACCGCAAGGCUGCGGCGGAGAGCCGGGGAAUUAUUCCGGAGGUCUCGUAAUUCUGUCAUGGUGGCUCUUCGCAUUUAUCAUCUUAACAGUUUACACCGUAUGUCUUGCUGCUCAUCUCACAUUUUCACGAAUAAUAACGCCGUUGGACUCGUUCGAAGACUUCACCAGGCAAAACCGAUACAAAUUCGCAACGAUCAAGCCUUCCGUAGCUCAUACGUAUUACGAGAGGCGUUCUUACAUCGAGAACCGUCUUCUCGUAGAUUGGAUCCGAGUCUGUAUGAAUAACAGUCUUUCUCAAAUGGAAGAAGCUGCCUUCGACAUAUACGAGUCUCCGAUUAGGAACAUAAAUAGCUUACUUUUGAAAGUGAUGAAUGAGAUGGGACACCCCGCGGACUGGGAAGAGGCCUUGGAUCGCGUGAAUACCAAGCGUUUUGCGGUGAUCGGGGACGCGACUGACAUCAAAUACAUAACGCGGACUCAUUGUGAUUUCAUAAUGGUUGGCGAGGAAUUCUCCAAAAGACCUUACGGCAUUGCCGUACAAAAGGGCUCGCCCCUGAAGAAGCAAAUGGACGAAGCAAUCCUCCAGUUGAUUAAGGAUGGUAUUUUGGAGAAAUUAAAACAUCGAUGGUGGAACGAAAAGAUUAAAAUGCCAAAAUGCCCGAGGGUGUACGAAAUAAUCGAUGGUAUGACUAUCGGUGAUAUGGGUGGUAUAUUCGUCAUCAUAGUCGUUGGUGUUUGCUCAGCAAUCGGAACCUUGAUAUUUGAGUUCUGGUGGUUUUGUUGUUGGCUACCGUGGAAGCAAAGCAGACGCAAUAAAAAAGAAACAAACGAUCGGUCGAAAAAAUCAAAGAUAUUGCGUUUCACUGUGAAAUCAGUGGAACGAGUAGCUGAUGAAUCACCUCCACAGUCACCGCAACGAGAAAAUAACGAAAAACGAUGAAAAAAAUUCCUCGAAGAUAUCGCAACUUGCAAUCAAACGUUCAAAGAAUUCACUGAAAAGUACUGGCCUAUUUGUCUCAAAUUCGUAUUGCAAUAUUUUUUUGUGAGCAAAAAAAUCGUCACAAUUAUUCAGAUCAUUUAUUCGAACCGUCCGUGCGAGAGCGUUUUCAACACGCUAGCAUGUUCGCGCGUAUAAUAUAGUGGGAAAAACGCUGCUUGCGCUUGCUUUUUUCGAUAUUUGACAUUUGAAGUAAAUAUCCGAUUCCCAAGAAGCAACUAGUCACGGACUCACAUUUUUACUCUUUAACGUCUCCGAUAUUUAAUUAAUUACAGUGUUUUGAUGGAUUUUGUGGGUUUACGUAUUCUUAUCGUGACUAUUUGAAACGAUGCAUCCUCAGAGUUUGUUGAAAAUCUUUAAGGUAUAACUGGAUGGAUAGCUCGACCAAAAAUUAUAUCUGAUUGGAAUUUCCGUACUUCGUGAUGCAAUAAAAAUCUGAAAA